CCAGGGGCGGGCAAAAUGGCGGGCGACGGAGCCCCCAGAGUCGGCGUUGCCCCGGCAACCGGCAACCGGCAACCGCCCUCCGGCGGGAGGGGCCGGCCCCGGGGAGGGGGCGGCGGUGCCUCAGCCGCGGCCCCGCAGGCCCCGCGCUCCGCCGAGCCGUGCUGCGCCAUGGAGCUGGAGGAUGACCCCGAUAUUUUGGAUCCAGAGAGAUUAAUACAGUGUCCAUAUAAUAAACAUCAUCAAAUCAGAGCCUGUCGUUUUCCUUAUCACCUUGUAAAGUGUAGGAAGAGCUACCCUGAAGUUGCAAAGGAAUUGGCCACGUGCCCCUUCAACGCUCGCCAUCUAGUUCCUCAAGCUGACCUCAGUGAUCACAUGAUGAAGUGCAAUGACAAAGGGUUCAUUGAGCAAGAUGUAGUGAAUCAGUCCUUUAGGUUCCAGAGUGAGCAGAUGAAUGCUGUGAGCACGUGGCAGGCACCUCCCUGUGAUGAAGACUGGGAAACAGAGUCGUCAGAGCAGUCAGAUUCUCCUUUUAUUUGGGGCACGACCAGCUCUGGCAUAAACAGUUCCAGUACCACCACCUCUGAACAAAGGAAUUGCUUACCUGCAAGAUUACGUGCCCCUGAGUCCUUCCCAUAUGCUGUGUCAUGGAAAGGCUAAAGCAUCCUGAUCACACCUUUGCAGCUUCAGGCCUUAAACUCUAUCAUGUGGAUGCGUGGUGCUUCAAGUCAUAGAACAAUGGGGAAUCCUCUGAGUUCCCUAGAGUAUGCAUAAUAACAAACAGGUGAAGUUUAAAUAGUACACUUAAGUACCUGUCUAGUUUCCAUCAGAUUUUUGUAGGUUUUAACACUUUAAACACGUUUGAGAGCUCUAACAUAACUGUUCUUUGUUGAGGGGGGAGGAGGCAGGAAUGGGGACUGUGUAAAUGUUUGGAUCAAGCAGUAUAUUUCUAAUAACUUUGGAUGCAGAUUACAAAAUGGCAUCUAAAUAUACAAGCACAAAAAAUAAUUAAGAAACCAGACAUGGUAUUUGUCUAGAAAGAAAUCAAUGCCUUUCACGUUUUGAAAAGAAUGUUCUUCAAAGUACUGAUUUUUCAUCAUUUGUAUUACUAUCAGUGUAAAAUAAUACAUGUUGACUAGAAUGUGCAAAAUUAGGGUAGUUUCAAAGUUGAGUUCUGUCCAGGUUCUUGUUGGCAAUUUAGAAUAAAAAGGUUACGAAUGCUCUUGGA